CUAUACCAGAAGUUCUGUCACACUGACAGGUGUGUUGCUGGUAUCAGACUGUGUUGGUUACACUGAAGUGUGUUCGGAAGGGAAUUCGUGCAUGAUGGCUCAUUUAAGGUUUCUGAUGCUGGUGAUAAUGAACUCAAGUUUGACGAUGGCUUACCAAAUGUUUAUGAAAAGGCUGCCAAAUGCGGACCAGGUUCCCCAUCCCUGUAAACUCCACCAUACAUGGCCGGGGGUGGGGCACAGGAAUCCUAAGGGUGGGGGGCAGAGAAAUCAGUUUGGUUUGGACUUUUUUGCGGCCGGUCAGAAAUGGACGCGAGCAUUGUGUGGUAAGGACUCUGAUGGUGACGGCAGGACAAACGGCAUGGAACUCGGAGAUCCAACAUGUGCCUGGAAGGAAGGAGUUAUACCAGACGUCACUUCCGGGAUAACACAUCCAGGAAUCUGUGACCCUUGGGGUGGUCCAGCUUGCAGUGCAGACAAUGCCUGGGUGUCUUGUGAGACUGAAGAAUUCAACUGCAGUGCCACUUCAGAGCCAGAAGUUCAAACGAGAACAUUAAGAUUCCCUCGAAUGAAGGUUCCCAGUACCGAGACGAAUUAUUUCUGCCAGACCUUUGACCUACCAGCUGACCGCGAUUAUCACCUCAUAGCGACUGAGCCAACAAUUGACAACAUCCAUGUAAUGCAUCACAUCCGACUGAUGGGCUGUAGGGAUGGUGUGCCUGAAAUCCACCAUCCCCGACAAUGUUAUAUGGCGGAGCGGGGCUGCAAUGACGUCAUCGGCUUGUGGACGGUGGGGCUGGCUGGCCAGUGUCUGUAUAAGGAAGCUGGUUUCAGGAUCGGUGCUUCCGGCUACAAGAGGGUGCUUCUGGAGCUACAUUGGAACAACCCGGAGAUGCGAGGCGACUACCACGACGCCUCUGGGUUAAAGAUCUACUUCACCCCUCGACUACGCCCAUACGAUGCGGGGAUCCUGUGGACGGGCCAGGAGCGUCUGUUGCUACCCCCGGGGGAGUCGAAAAUAGUUGUGCAGUCCACAUGCCCGUCUGAGUGUACCAAGCGCUACUUCUCCAAUCCCAUCUACAUCACCAACUCCCUGAAUCAUAUGCAUUACAUGGGAAUCUCUGAGAGUGUCGAACACCUGAGGAAGGGGAAGAGAUUACAGUACCUCACUAAUGAGGCCUUCUACACCUACGACAACCCCGUCAUUAACACGUUUGAUCCUCCAUUGGAGGUUCGCCCUGGGGAUGCCUUCAAAACAACCUGCGUGUAUCGCACCCUGUCUCGCCGGGUGACGACGAUGUGGGGGGAGGGGACAAAUGACGAGAUGUGCUACUCCCUGCUCAUGUUCUAUCCCAAAUCUGCCGUCUCCAACGUCUACUGCGACGGCUGGGGCGACUACAACUCCUGCAUGGUGGACCACGAUGGGCUUUACCGCGGCUGUCAUGUUGCCAAUUUCAAGAACCAAUCUCACCCGGAAACGCAGAAGAUUUACCACAAGGUUCUGAAACACUGCGACUACAAAUAUGGCGAAUGUCUACCAGAGUGCCCGGAUGUUCUCGCUGAAGUGAAGCAGCAUCCAUGUUUGCAAGGGGACCUAGGUGACAAAAUGUUGGAGGAAUUUAUUGAAGACGGCGGGGCGAGGCGCAUGAGGUUUGCGACUGCUCUUCGUUCCUGUGACUGUCCCCGAUUGUCCGAGUACCACGUGGGCAUGCAGGAUAUGACGUCAUCUAGCGGCCUUCGGCUCAUGCAGUCAUAUAUUACUGUGUUUGUGUUAGUACUGAACAGUCUUACACACUAGAGAACAGCUACCUUACUGAUUAUGUAUGUUCUACAGUGGAGUGAGUGAGUUGGGUUUAACGCUUCUUUUAACAGUAUUAGUUAUAUCACGGCGUGUCAGCUGUGGGAGGAA